CCUUUACUAACUCUUAGGUAGAACUAAUUUUACAAAAAUAGCCAUGAAGGUUCUUGUAUUAGUUUCAUGGCUUUGCCUCACUUUAUUCUUGCAAACAUUGCAAUACUCCACUUGUACUUUUAUCCCAAAAUCUACAAAUCAUAAACUCAUUUUGCAGAAUGAAAACAAGGAAAAGAUUACAAAUGAUACAUUGGUUGAAUUAACAAGUAGAAAGAACAACGAAGAAGAAAGUAAGGAUGUGCAUAAAGUUGUUCAUCAGAGAAGAGGAGUAUAUGGUGGAGCAGACCUUCUUCGUAAAGGACCUAAAAAGAAUGGAGCCAAUUGCAUGUUUCAAAGGCCAAUUUCAGUGUCCUUUUUGCUCUUUUUUCUUCUUGUUGCCUUCACACUCUAAGUAAAGGUAUGCUCAGUGUCGUACUCAAGAUUUUUCAUAAGCGGUGUCACAAUUUGAAGAACUGAACAAAUAAAUAACUUAUUGUAUUGUAAGCGGUAUUAUUUUCUAUAUUUAUCCUCAAUAUUUUUGCUUCUCU